GAGAUCCAUCGUGCGACGUCCGGCCACAAUCCGAACCCACAAGCCGUUGCGAAACUGGCUCAGCGGGCUGAACUCGCCGAAAAUCCGAUGCUCAGCGAGCGAUUAAGGCGGAUUUUCAGUCCCCCCUCACGGGGAAACUCGGUGGACAGCCCGCCGCGGGAAGACUUCGUAAGCGGGUGCCUACGAGGUGAGGAAUAUCGCACGGCGCAGGUGGUGAAGGUUGCUCCACCACUCACUGGAGUGGACGGUGCCACGCCACGUGACCGUGAGACACAGGCUGCCGAAAUGCGAGCAGGCAGCCAUUCUUCAUGUCGUGGGAAUGGCCGAGUUUGCAGCAAGGGCUCAAUCACCCCAGGCCCAGCAACGGCACCAGCAACUCCAGCAGCAUCGCCUCAAGCUGGAGGCUUGGUGACACGAGCGGCACCUGCCACGGCUGCGCAGGCCAAGGCAUGGGUGCAGCGGGCCACGAGCGGACACACCACUCCUACCGCUCCGGUGUUGAGGCAAGUGACUGGAGGAAUUCCUGGUGCCCCUGCUCCGACUAUGGUCACCCCACAGUUUGGGCAGCAUGCGGUCUUUGUGGCCAAGCCGGCCAACACUCCAAUCGUGACUGUUGCCUCGACACAGCCACCAAUGAGAUGCCAGCGGAUGUCAUCGUCAUCACCCACUGAACAGCCAAGUCGCAACAAGAGGGUGAGCGCGCCGGCUCAUCUUGCGCAGGUUGCAUGCGACCCGCGACUGCCGAAGCAAACGCCGUUUGCAGCCCAGGUGCCACAGCCUUUGCCGCUGCCUCCCGGCUCAACCGGCCAGGUCCCAGAGCGCAGUACGACCUGUAGUCAAUGCCCCAGAGUUGCUUGCGAGUACUUAUGGGAAGUCUCAGUGGUGAAGUAUGUCGCCGAUGUGCCACUGAAAGUCUCACCCAUCUUAUUCUCACGCGUCUGUCCAUACAAAGAUCACGCACCAGAAUCAAUUUUCCCUGUUGUCGGCAUUUUCAUCCUGCUGUUCUUGCUGGUGUUUCUGAUGCCCUCGUCCGCGAAGGUAAAAGUAUUGAGUAAUGCUGUACCGUCCGAAAGUGACGCACUCAAGCAAAAGAACAGCACUAGUGACUCCUCUUACACCGAGCAGGUAGUAAUGAUGUUGAACCAGGCACGUCCGGUCAAGGUCAAGGGCAGGAGAUCGGAGACGUCAGGGACGGUGUUGAGCGGCUGUGAUGAUGAUGACCUCAUGGACACCACGACCCUCACGACAUCCGUGCUUCCGCAGACAGCACAGACAAGCGACACGGCGCCAUUCGAAGGAAAAAGCAUCGCUGCGGCUGCGACCCAGCUCAUGGCAGCCCAGGAUGGCGAGCGAAAAGGCUGUUGUUGCUGCGGGCUGCGUGGCUCGCAACGAAGAAGACGAUGGCUUCAGAGACGGCUGCGAUCUUAUCAGCCCGUGCCCAGUCCAGGUGUGGUGCUGACAAUCUACAUCGUAGCUGGUUGCUGCUUCUUAGUGCUAGGAGUUGUGCUGCACUUCACCAACCAGGCAGUUGUUGAGCUGUACCACGACUACACGGACGACCUGCCCGACUCUAACGGUGUAGUUUCAUUUGAGCUGGAAGUGGACACUGACAUGAAAGCACCCAUAUGGGUCUACUAUCAGCUGUCCGGCUUCCACCAGAAUCAUCGGAUGUACGUCGAAAAUCGGGACGAUGCCCAGCUGAUGGACCCCAGCGAAGCCAGCAAGGGGGCGGCUCCCCAGGCGUGCGUUCCGCGUGCCGAGACGGAUGGUCGCACAAACUAUCCGUGCGGUCUGAUUGCAUGGACAGUCUUCAACGACAGCUUUGUACUUGCAGAGAAGACCGCCACGUCUGAGCUGCGCUUGGAGGUUGACAGCUCUGCGAGAUCCAUUGCCUGGGCCGGCGAUGUAGAGCGCUUCAGCAACCUGGACCCAGAGGCCGAAAGCCAGCGAACAGCGGGUGUGCAAAACCAGCACGCCCUCAACAUGUGGAUGUUGGGCUCCUUCCCACCUGUGGAGUGCUUCCAGGUCCACCUGGGGCCAGACAAACCGUUUGUCCCGAUUGAGGUGGCAACUAGGACAGAUUUCGCAGACGGGUCCCCAAGGGAAGUUCCCGACUGCCAAGGGUACAUGACAGGUGCUGCUACCUGCAACUUUGUCAGAAACAACGAGACGUUCUCCUGCACCGGGGAUGACUAUGAAGUGCGUCAAGUGCAGGACUGGGGAAUUGCUAGUGGACACUUCUUAGUGUGGAUGAGGACGUCGGCUCUCCCAAAGUUCAGAAAGGCCUGGGGAAAGGUGGAUCGGGACAUCAAGGCCGGCACCAGGCUGAAAGUCUAUGCCGUGCACCGUUUCCCUGUCCGGGAGUAUUACGGCCGGAAGGCCAUCAUUGUCACCACCAGCUCGGUGGUCGGAGGGAGGAACCCGUUCCUGGGUGUGGCGUACCUGGUGGUGGGUGUCGCAUGCUUCCUCUUUGCGCCUUUCUACUUCAUCAACAGUGUUCGACAAGGUCGGUCGACAUGGGAGGUGCGACCGGCGUGA